AAUACGGGCUGUUAAUCGCGUCAAUAUUCGAAACAAAUGCAAGAAAAGCACUAUUGAUCGCGUGACCGCUGAUCGAAUCCCAGAGGCCCCUGAGCGGACAUUCGUCACCUAUGCAGAAUCCAGGACCAGACGACCCGCCAUGGCUUCGGAAACCGACCGGUCUACAUCAGCUGGAAGGAAUAUUCGCGAUUGGUGUCCCUGGCAAGAGGACCCGCCGGCCAUCGCGCUCCCCGGACGCGCUGGGACCUUUUUUCGCCGCGGUGUUAGUUAUCUCUGGCGAGGUGUCACCUGAUAACGGGCGGCGAUAAAGCUUUUAGCUUAUUUCCUCUCAGUUAGGUGGCGGCGCUGCGGAAGGUAGCAGCCCUGACCUUUCAAGAGUUGAAUCUUUUUUGAACUUUAAUAUCCGCCUGAAGGUCCAGAGACUGGCAAAUGCUGAGAGAAGUAUAAUGGGAUUUAUGGCAGAGCUUCGGCACCUGAUCAAGCCAUCAGACCAGAUGACGCGCUACAAGCAGCAGACUGACGUGGAUGACGACACCAGCUCGGUCGGGUCCGCCCGCACGGAGGACCUGCCGACGGGGACCCUCACGGUGCGAUACCACAUGGGGUCUCACUGGUGGAAGUCGCGCACUGCAUUAGAAAAGGCCUUGUUGGUUGGCUGGUUGCUGCUGCUGCUGGUGGUGACUGUGCUGGUGGCUGUCCUCCACACGCACUCCAGGUCCCUCUCCUCCUUCAACCUCCCUCCACAUACUAUCAUCCAAGGUUCUCCGGACGACGCGCUGUGCCUGAGCCCCCACUGCGUGAUGCUGGCGGGCUCGGUGCUCAGCAACAUGGACCCCGAGACCGACCCCUGCGAGGACUUCUACCAGUACGCGUGCGGCGGCUGGGUGGCCAAGAACUCUAUCCCCGAAGGCAAGCCGGUCUGGGGCACGCUCAGCAAGCUCGGCUCCGACAACCAGAUGAUUCUCAGAAAUGUUUUAGAGUCGAAAGAGCCAGUGAACAGCAAACCCGAGGAGAAGGCGCGCGUGUUCUACCAGUCCUGCAUGGACGUAAACAAAACCAUUGAAAAACUUGGAGCUGCGCCGUUGCUGAAGAUAAUUGAG